AUGGCCAAAGCAAGCGCUGAAGUGGAUAAUAUUAGUCCUGAUGAAACGCCAGGACCAUGCACCUCAUUGUUGCAAGUAAGUAAUAUCUCUUGCUGCAAUAUUAGUAACAAUAAUCAUGUCGAAAAUGUGCUCGGGCUAGGCGAGUCUUGUAACCAUGAAGCUACUAAGCAGGGUUUGUCAGAAGUAGAAAUUACGUCUUUUGUCCCCGAGGCUGUGGCUGCCAACCCUUGUUCUGCCUGUUGUGACACGCAUAGACGGGAUAUUGAUAAGCUAAAUAUCGAAAUUGCUGAUUUAAAAAAGAAAGCUGUGAUUGCCAACCCUUGUUCUGCCUGUUGUGACACGCAUGGACGGGAUAUUGAUAGGUUAAAUGCUGAAAUAUCGAAUCUUAAGAAGAAAAUUGCUUUUCUCGAAGGGGAAGAGUUAGCGAAUUCAAGCAUGAAUAUGCAAAUCAUUCACUUACAAAGAGAUAAUUCUUCUUUAAUUAAGACAGUUGAAAUGCUCAGUAAACAACUCUUAAACCUAAGCGAAGGUAAAGGCGAAACCCCCCCAAAUAUUCCAUCAGUAAAUUUGGAUAAAACAAAUGUGUUGGAUCCCACCUCUAAAGCGUGUGAAAAAAAGGAAAAAAAGAGACAGAGAAAAAAAACAAAGGGAAAGAAAAUAAGUUAUUGCAACGUAAUCCUCCAGCUAGUGAUGCUUCAUCCCCUGGGGACGCCUCAUCGCCUCGUGACGCCUCAUUACCUCGUGACGCUUCAUCGCCUGGUGACGCUUCAUCGCCUAAUGAUGCCUUAUCACCCAGCGGGGGCUCAUCACCUAACAAUUAUUUGCCUCCUGACAAGAAUAUAGCUGGUGCUAACGCAACACAAGAGGUCAAUGUCACCGUAAGUAAAUCUUCAACCAGGAAUAAAAAGAAAGAUGUUGUUGUGAUUGCCGGUGAUUCUUUAGUAAAGAAUAUGGUCGGAGCAUAUAUGAGUAAAGAUGAUGUUGGUCAUCACUACGUUGUGAAACAGUGAAAGCGUUCCCGGGUGCAACCGUUGAGGAUAUGGAAGACUUUAUCAAACCUAUUACUCGUAAGUCACCGAAUAAAGUCAUUCUUCAUGUCGGCACAAAUGGCUUAAAAAAUUCUACACCGAAAGUUAUCGCGGAUUCAAUUUUAAACCUGACGACUCAGAUAAAAGAGGAUUCUCCAAACACUAUGGUAGGUGUAUCAGCGUUGCUAGACCGGAAUGACUGUCCGAAAUUAGCUACCAAGGUUAAGCAAGUUAACCUUAUCUUAGACAAUUAUUGUCAAGUAAACAAGAUUCCUUUCCUAAGAAAUGCAAACAUCAAUACUAGUCAUUUGAACAGAAGAGGUUUGCAUUUAAACAAAUUAGGUAGUUUAUCACUCCAAAACAAUGUUAUUGAGUUCACAAAUAACUUAGACCAUUGACAUAAUGCCGCCUCGUUUAGAGUUGCUAAAUCAGUAUAUAAUAUGCAAUCUUUACAAACUAAUAUGCCUAAUGAACAAAACCUACUCUUGCCUAAGAUGAGUGGUUUUAAACUAGCAUCACUCAAUGUAACUAGUUUAGUUAAGCACAUUGAGGAGCUCAGAAUCCUCCUAGCCAAUAAUAUGAUUGAUGUACUGGCUAUAAAUGAAACAAGGCUUGACUCUACGGUUAGUGAUGAUGAAGUGCAUAUACAUGGCUAUGAAAUUGUUCGCCGUGAUAGAGAAUCUAAUGGUAGAUUUGGCGGAGGUGUUUGUUUUUAUAUCCGUAGUUGUAUAAAUUUUUCGGUCCGGCAUGAUUUAUCAUUUGAUCAAUUAGAAAACUUGUGCAUCUUAAUUAAUAAACCAAGAGCCAAGCCUUCUCUCAUAGCGACAUGGUAUAGGCCACCUAAUUCACCAGCGGUAAAGUUCAGUCACUUUGAAUCUCUCCUAGGUAUACUUGAUGCUGAAAAUAUGGAGUACUAUCUAAUGGGUGACCUGAAUUGUGAUCUCAGCUCUACUGUCCUAGAUCAUAGUUCAAGGCUGCUCAUUGAUAUUGCUGAACUAUACAAUCUUUCUCAGCUGAUAAAUGAGCCCACUCGAACCACGGAUUCCUCCUCUACGUUGAUAGAUCAUAUCUUUACAAAUACUCCUGAUAAAGUAAUUUGCUCUGGUGUCUCUCAUGUUAGUAUAAGCGAUCACAGUCUCAUUUAUGCUUUUCGAAAGCUUUCUAUUAGUCUGCCGACAAGGGGUCACUCAACGGUAAACUAUAGAAAGUUUAAAAACUUUGACUCCAUCAAAUUUCGUAAUGAUAUUAGUCUACAAAAUUGGAGCCAUAUUAUAGAACUUGAAAAUCCUAAUGAUAUGUGGCAUGCUUGGAAAACUACAUUCAAUUCUGUUGUCGAUAAACAUGCCCCACUUUGUACAAAACGUGUCAAGGCUUCUAAAUCGCCUUGGAUUACGUCUCACCUGAAGGACGAAAUGCACAAAAGAGAUAUUCAAAAAAUCAAAGCGAUUCGUUCCAACGAUCCUCAGGAUUGGUCUUCAUUGAAGAAAAUGCGUAAUUCAGUUAAUCACAAAAUCUUUCGUGCUAAAGAAAUUUAUUUCAAAAAUGCUUUCUGCGAAAAUAAAGGAAACCCUAAAAAGACUUGGAAUAUUAUCAACGAACUUACAUCUAAGAAUCGAAAAACUGCUCAAAUUACCGAAAUUAAUUUGAACGGUCACUUAAUUAAUGAUUCUAAUAAAAUCGCUGAUGCAUUUAAUGAAUAUUUUUCUAACAUCGGCCCCAAACUUGCGGAUAACAUAGACUUCAAUGAAGGCAACCGGUCCUACCACGAAUAUUUAUCUGGUCAAAAUACUAAUACGACGUUCCAGUUGAAAGAAACAAAUUCCUUAACAGUUUCUGUACUUUUGUCCAAACUAAGUAGGUCAAAAGCAGUUGGCUUGGACAAAAUCUCCGCUAGAUUACUUCGAAAGUGCCCUGAUUUAAUCGCCGAACACCUUAGGCAGCGUUUACACUGUACCGUUUUCGUAGCGUUCUCGUAUUGUUCGAGAGAACUAGACUAUUGUCUUGCGUUCCCUUGAGGAUUAAGAACAAUACGAGAACGCUACGAAAACGGUACAGUGUAAACGCUGCCUUAGUCUCAUCUUUAAUCGUUCUAUUAUCACAGGCAUAUUUCCCAAUGAGUGGAAAUGCGCAAAAGUUGUCCCAAUUCACAAGCAAGGGAAACUGUAG